AUGCACGAUUUCUGUUUCACGAUUCCUUACGGAUUGGCAUUAGUUGGCGGAGGAUUGUUCGGUUUCAUCAAAAAAGGAAGCACCGCGUCACUCGCCGGAGGUGCCGGCACCGGUUUGCUUCUCAUCCUCGCCGGUUAUAUCAGUCUCAGAGCCUUCGGAAAGCGGAAGAACUCUUACCUUGCUCUCGCUAUUGAGAUCCUUUGUGCAGGUGCACUAACUUGGAUCAUGGGACAGAGAUACUUGCAAACAUCGAAGAUUAUGCCGGCUGGUAUUAUUGCAGGACUCAGCGGCGUCAUGACUCUGUUUUAUCUCUUCAAACUAGCAACUGGUGGCAAUCAUAUACCUGCUAAGGCUGACUGA